UUUCUAUGGGAUAAGCUGGUUGUUACUGUGAUCUAGAUACUGUCUGGUCUGCUGACGUCUUUUCUGGAGCCUGGCCAGUUGUGUUCAGAGGGGAGGGUGGUGGCAGGGGAAUGCUGCAAGGAAUGCUGAGGGACAAUGGAGCAUGAUUAAGCUGGUAUUAAGGGUACUCUCCAUUGUUGCUAUGGUUCUUAUGGUAGGAGAAACAGACGUUCUCGUCCAACAUGGAAUCUGUACACCAGUGAUUCAAGAAUUUCAUCUUCAGCUCAGAGGCAUAAUGUAUCUAAACACUAUACAUGGUUGCUGAAACGCUGAGAUGGACAAGACACUAAAGGACCACCCGGCUGACAAAAAGAUAAGCAACUCUAGGAAUAACUCUGAAAAGCAACCAGUCACAGCGUGUCUGUUCAGCGCAGCCUUCUUCGGUGCCCUGGGGUCAUCUUUCAUUUACGGCUACAACCUCUCUGUGGUCAAUGCUCCUGCUUUGUACAUAAAGGCUUUCUACAAUAAGACAUGGAAUGAGAGAUAUGGGGAGCCUCUUACAGCAGAGAAAGCCACCCUCCUCUGGUCUGUCACAGUGUCCAUAUUUGCCAUUGGAGGCCUUCUUGGAGCACUGUCUGUCUCCAUAAUCAUCAAAGCACUGGGAAGAAAGGGAACCCUGCUACUGAAUAACGGCUUUGCUGUAAUAGCUGCUCUGCUGCUGACCCUGGGUGAAAGGGCCAAAUCUUUUGAGAUGCUCAUCAUUGGCCGACUCAUAAUCGGGGUGGACUCAGGUAUAGCUCUCAGCGCCCUCCCCAUGUACCUGGGAGAAAUUACACCAAAACAUAUCCGAGGCUCCAUUGGCCAGUUCAACUCCAUCCUCAUCUGCUUGGGAGUGUUCAUAGGACAAGUGCUGGGGCUGCCCGAGCUGCUGGGUCAGGAAACCAGGUGGAACUACCUUUUUACCUUCCUGGCGGUUCCUGCUAUGCUGCAGCUGUGUGUGCUGCCCUUCCUCCCUGAGAGUCCUCGUUAUCUACUAAUAGAGAGGAGGGAUGAGGCUGGAGCAGAAAGAGCCUUCCAGCGGUUUUUGGGGAAGAAGGACGUGUCCCAGGAGCUGGAGGAGGUUCAUGCGGAGGCUCGGGCUCAGGACAACCUACAGACAGCCUCUGUGUUGCAGCUGCUGAGGAGCCGAGCUGUUCGCUGGCAGCUCAUCACCAUCAUCAUCACCAUGGCUUGCUAUCAGCUCUGUGGCCUAAACGCUAUCUGGUACUACACCAAUGGGAUCCUUCGGGAAGCAGGCUUUGCCGAGCACAUUCUACCCUACAUCACACUGAGCACUGGGGCCAUAGAGACUUUGGCUGCUAUCAUCUCGGGGCUGGUAAUAGAACGAAUCGGGAGGAAGCCCCUCCUCAUCUUUGGUUUCUCUGCCAUGGCCGUGUUCUUCAGCCUACUCACAGUGUUCCUCACUUUCCAGGACAGUCUGUCAUGGAUGCCCUACCUCAGUUACAUCUGUAUACUGGCUGUGAUUGCGUCCUUUUGCUCUGGGCCAGGUGGCAUCCCCUUUAUCCUGACCGGGGAACUGUUUGAACAGUCCUACCGACCUGCUGCCUUCAUGAUCGCUGGUACAGUAAACUGGCUGUCCAACUUUGCUGUGGGCCUCCUCUUCCCAUUCAUCCAAGAGAUGCUGCAGACCUUUGCCUUCCUGGUGUUUGUGGUGGUCUGCUUCUUGGGAUCUAUCUACCUUUACUUUGUCCUCCCUGAGACCAAAAAUAAAACAUUUAUGGACAUCAGUCAGAGCUUUAACAAGAUCAACAAAAUUCCUGUCCCCUCCUCAAGCCAUGAAAUGGAGUUGGUUCUGUCCAGUAAGCCAGGCAUGAAUGGAAACGAUGUAGCUAACAUGGAGAGUUCCUUCUAGCUGCACAAACUAUGCUAAUUUUGGAGACGCAGGAUUGACAUAUAAACUGAUAGUAUUAGUUGUGUGUACAUAUUUAUUUAAUGACUGUGACAACAUCAUUUUGGUUAAACUAAGCAGUAUAGUAUAGUAUGCAGUAGACAAGUAUCCCUUUAUGUUGUGUUUUUUUUUCUUUUGUUUUUUACUGGGGUGCCACUGGAUGUCAGGAAUACACCAGAAAACAGGGUUAAUAAACAGUAGAAAGCAGCCUGGAGGCUGGUGAAAAUGUUAUAUGUCCAUUUUUUUUUUCCCACUUCAGUCUCUCUUUCAGAUUCAGUGCCAACUAAAUUAGGACGAUGUCCGAACAUGGACAAAAUCUGUGCAGAAGUUAACUACAAAGGCAAUGCACAUCAUAGCAUUGCAUCAGAAAAGGGACAAAAAUUAGCACGUCCUCCCGGGUGUCAUGUUUUCAUUCCUGCAGAUGGGAGCUGAUCGAGACUGGAACCGAUAAAGACUUGUGACUACUGCAGAGUCAUUUGUCUUUUAAGUGAAUGCCGAUUGUAAACAUCCCACUAAAUCCCACUAGAAAACAAAAGCCAGAUGUUAGUGGGUUUAUCUUUCAGUGAGAGAGGGACUGAAACUAAUUUAACUUAUGUACGUAAGCUAACUAGUAUGUCAUGUGAUGUAAACCAUAUUACUUAGCUAAAAAAAAACAACAACUUGAUGCUGACUUCUCUUUUCACACAAGACACAAACAGUGGUCUCCUGGGUGAAAGUCUGUGUUUGUUUGACCAAUCUGUUACCCGACUUCCUCUCUAUGCUGACCUUCUUGCUUUUUAUACUACGUCAGUUGCUCUGAGCAUCUAAUAGGCACCAGGAAUGAAAACAGGUCGACUGUGAUCAGUAAAAUGAAAAUCCAUGCUUUUGUUUUAAUACAUUUUGGUAUUUUGUAUGUUUUGUAUGAAAAUUACAGUGUUUCAAUUUACAGCAAUCCAUUGUUUAUGUC